AUAUAAUGUUACGUGCUAUUGUUAUUUUUAUAAAUAAAAAAAUGUCGAAGAGGGAAGAGCAAUUAGAAGACAGCGACGACGAAUACAUCGAUAAAGAUUAUCUGAAUUGUAAAAGAUUUAAAAAUUCAUUGGAUAGUGAUGAAGAAGAUGAUGAAGAGAAAUGCAAGAAGGAAAAUGUCCUUGAUCCUGAUGAAUUGGAAGAUACGUGGACUGUCAUGGCGGCACUUCUUGUUUCAGCUUCGAAACCGGACCGGUUUGGAGACGACAUGUCACGUGACGACAUUAAAGUAAAAAAUAUUGAAGAAGAAGAAACAUCAGAUCAAGAAGAGGAGCCACUCGAUAAAAUAGAAAUAUAUUCAGAAAUGUUAAAAUUGAUGAAACCGGGAGAAACAGUAAGGAAAGCCAUUUGCAGAUUGGGUGGUGGUAAAUCGUCAUAUACGACGGCAUCGAAUAAGGCAUCGAAUAAAUGGAGAAGAAAAAAACACGAAGACAAAUCGGAUGAUGAUGAUAAAGAAAGCCAAAACAAAGAAGAACUUUUGCAACUUACGAGUCUUGCAAAUAAAAUCCUUUUAACCGGAGAAAUGGACAUAUAUGAACAGUUAUACGAAAGAUUAAAUUUUCUUAUUAAAGAAAGUAAAAAUGAAAUGAGGACUGAAACGUCGUACGAAACAAAUAACAGUGAAACGCUUGAUAUGUUUUCUGAGAGUGUCGACGAUAAAAUGUUCUCAGUUGCCGAUAAUGUGAAACAAGAUAAACCGUCAAAUGAAAAUGAUGCCAACAAUACUCUGUUGAGUAAAGGUAAGAAGUUUUAUAUUAUGAAUUUUUGA